AUGAAUCAACAAGGGCUCGCAAUGAAGUUACGCCCUUCCCUCAGGCGAAUUGACGGCCUCUGUCGAAACACCUACCGGUACUUCACGAUGAGACAGAAAAGCACUUUGACCUCGAACGAUGAGAUCAGUCAUUUCAAGGAACUAGCACCUUCCUGGUGGGACGUCAACGGCCCUCAGAAAAUUUUACAUUUGAUGAACAAUGGCAGAAUGGACUUUAUUCAACGAAUCAUGCGGCAGAGAGUGAAGGUGACUAAUCCAGACACAUAUAUUCCUGGCUUCAAUUACCGGGAGUUCUUUCCGGUAAGCGUCUCUCGCAACAUACAGCAUGAAUUGGAUUUGGAGGUCGAUUCAAGACUUCAAGCUCAAAAAUUGAGUGCUCUGGACAUUGGCUGCGGCGGCGGAAUCCUAUCUGAAUCACUCGCUCGUCUUCCUUACGUGGAGCACGUCACUGGGAUCGAUUUAACCGAAGAAUGCAUUCAGGUUGCCAGAGAACAUGCGUUGCGCGACCCGCAACUCCUCCACAAGCUCUCCUACGACGUUAAAAGCUUAGAGGAUGUCGAGACAGAGUUCGAUAUAGUGACGUGUUUCGAAAUGCUGGAACAUGCGGACCUUCCCAGCGAGAUCUUGCGACAUGCCUGGCUACGGUUGAAGCCGAACGGCGUGUUGUUCCUGAGCACAAUAAACAGAGAUAUCGUCUCAUGGUUUGCGACGAUUUUCAUGGCUGAAUAUGUCCUAGGCAUUGUUCCCAAGGGCACCCAUAAUCUGAACAAGUACAUAAACGCUGCAGAGAUUAUCGACUGGUUCAAGAACAACGAGCCCCAUACGCACCAGAUUUUGGAGACGAAGGGAACUUUGUAUCUCCCAAUCAAAGGUUGGGUAGAGCACGAUUGUUCUGAUGUCGGGAAUUACUUCAUGGCGAUUAGAAAGCUUGAAUAG